CUCACUCUCAGAGACACUCUCUUGACCGUGCUUUCUCUCUCCUCUGUCUCUGUCUCUGUCUCUCUCUCUCUCAUCUUUGAGUUUUUGGAAGGCUUUGAUUGAAGCAGCAGCGGCUCUUCUCUUUUACUCUUUCUCUCUGUAUUUGUACUCACUGACAUUCUCAGUCAGUUCCGAUGAGGGGAAAAGAAGUGCUUGAAUUCAGAGCUAUGGCAUGCAUGCGCGGGGCCCCUUGUGUCUCUCCCAACUGCUGGGACUCGGGUUGUCUACUUCCCUCAGGGUCAUAGCGAACAGGUUGCUGCCACGACGAACAAAGAAGUUGAUGGGCAUAUACCCAAUUACCCGAAUCUACCUCCCCAGUUGAUAUGUCAGCUGCACAAUGUAACGAUGCAUGCAGAUGUGGAAACAGAUGAAGUGUAUGCACAAAUGACACUACAGCCGUUGACUGCACAAGAGCAAAAGGAUACGUUUCUACCCAUGGAGUUGGGGAUUCCGAGUAGACAGCCAACAAAUUACUUUUGCAAAACGUUGACAGCAAGUGAUACAAGUACCCAUGGAGGGUUCUCUGUACCGCGUCGUGCUGCAGAGAAAGUUUUUCCUCCACUGGAUUUUACGCAACAGCCACCAGCACAAGAGCUAAUUGCGAGGGAUCUUCAUGAUGUUGAAUGGAAGUUUAGGCAUAUUUUUCGAGGACAGCCAAAACGACAUCUUCUUACAACUGGUUGGAGUGUGUUUGUUAGUGCCAAAAGAUUGGUUGCUGGAGAUUCUGUACUUUUUAUAUGGAACGAAAAAAAUCAACUUCUUUUGGGUAUUCGGCGUGCCACAAGACCACAAACUGUGAUGCCAUCUUCUGUUUUGUCAAGUGAUAGCAUGCACAUUGGGCUCCUUGCUGCUGCAGCUCAUGCUGCUGCAACUAAUAGCUGUUUCACAGUUUUCUAUAACCCCAGGGCUAGCCCAUCAGAGUUUGUCAUCCCUCUGACAAAAUAUGUUAAAGCUGUAUUUCAUACCCGUGUUUCAGUAGGGAUGCGUUUCCGGAUGCUUUUUGAGACUGAAGAGUCAAGUGUUCGAAGGUACAUGGGUACUAUAACUGGAAUAAGUGAUCUUGACCCUGUUCGUUGGGCGAAUUCUCAUUGGCGUUCUGUUAAGGUAGGGUGGGAUGAGUCAACAGCUGGGGAGAGGCAGCCAAGGGUAUCACUAUGGGAAAUUGAGCCUUUAACUACAUUUCCUAUGUAUCCUUCUCUGUUUCCACUUAGACUGAAACGUCCAUGGCAUCCUGGUGUCUCUUCUGUUCAUGAUAACAGAGAUGAUGCAUCUAAUGGCUUGAUGUGGCUACGUGGAGGAGCCGGGGAACAGGGUCUACACUCACUGAAUUUGCAAUCUGUGGGCUCAUUGCCCUGGUUGCAGCAGAGAAUUGAUUCUUCCAUGUUUGGAAAUGAUCAUAAUCAACAGUAUCAAGCCAUGUUGGCUGCUGGAAUGCCGAACCUUGGAGGUGUUGAUAUGCUGAGGCAGCAAAUUAUGCAUCUUCAACAGCCUUUCCAAUACAUUCAACCAGCAGGCUUCCAUAAUUCUCUGUUGCAGCUGCAGCAGCAACAGCAGCAGCAGCAGCAGCAAUUGGUUCAACAAUCUAUGCCUCAGAACAUCCUGCAGGCACCAAGCCAAGUGAUGGCAGAAAAUCUACCCCAACACAUUCUCCAGCAAACCCUGCAAAAUCAACCUGAGGAUCUGCCUGACCAGCAACAGCAUACUUCUUAUCAUGAUACCCUUCAGGUUCAAAGCAAUCAAUUUCAUCAGGGUGGGCAUUCGAACGUGCCAUCACCCACGUUUCCUAGAACGGACCUUAUGGAUUCCAACACAAAUUACUCGGAAUCCAUUACCUCUAGAAGAAACAUACUUGCUUCAUCAUGUCCUGAAGGGACUGGCAACCUUUCCAAUAUCUAUAGAAGUGGGCAGCCAAUCCUAACUGAGCAGUUAACUCAACAAUCACAUGUUUCUAAGAAUGCCCCUUCACAGGUUGAUGCUCACGCGAACUCAAUGUCCUUUCCACCAUUUUCUGGUAGAGACUCAAUUUUGGAGCUGGGAAAUUGUAAUUCAGAUGCUCCAAGUCCUACACUUUUUGGUGUAAAUAUAGAUUCAUCUGGACUCUUACUUCCAUCUAAUGUGCCCACUUUUGCUUCUCCUUCGAUUGGUCCUGAUUCAUCCUCAAUGCCACUGGGAGAUUCUGGAUUUCAAAAUUCUCUGUACAGUUGUGUUCAAGACUCUUCUGAGUUGUUGCACAGCUCAGGGCAAGUUGAUCCAUCAAAUCCAACUCGGACAUUUGUGAAGGUUUACAAGUCCGGAUCUGUUGGGCGCUCACUAGACAUCUCCCGGUUCAGCAGCUAUCAGGAGCUGCGAGAGGAGCUGGCUCAGAUGUUUGGAAUCGAGGGACAGUUGGAAGACCCUCAUAGAUCAGGCUGGCAGCUUGUAUUUGUCGACAGGGAGAAUGAUGUACUUCUCCUUGGAGAUGACCCUUGGGAGGCAUUUGUCAAUAAUGUCUGGUAUAUCAAGAUACUUUCUCCCCAAGAUUUUCAGAAACUAGGGGAGCAGGCGAUUGAAUCCUUCAACCCUAUGGUCGGUCAGCGAGUAACUAGUGGUGGCAAUGAAGCUGAAAAUGUUUCGGGGCUACCAUCGGUUGGUUCACUGGAAUACUGAACUUUUAAGGGAAUCGUACGAGGUUCAGGAGACGUUUACUUCGGAACUUGCAGUUAAAACUAGAUAAUGCAGUUGAAUGCCUUCAACUUAGAUCAGUGUGUGUAAACUGUUUUGUAUUCAUAAUUCCUUUUGCUUAUAAAUACUCUGGAAACAAUUAUCAUUUUCAAAGAUUAUGCGGUUAAAAUACAUGUAAGUCGUUUACUUUAGAUAUGAAAUAUAACACGUUGAACAUUUCUAGCUUACAUGAGAUGCUCUGUUCAUUAUGGGAA